GAUACAACACUCACGUGGCCAUCACGUGCUAGAAAAUUCGGUCACGGCAACCCUCAUCUCUUUCUUUCUCUUUCUCAUCCACUCUUCACCGGCACCUUUCAAAUAACGCCGAUCGGAACUCAUUUCGCCGUCGUACCACACACCUAAAUGGAGAACGAAUCGGCCGGUGAUUUAGUUCCGGCAGUAAAACCGGAACUGCAAAUAGCCUCUUCCGAUCUCUUCCCACACGACUCCGGCGCCGAGAAAACGGUUGAAGCACCACAAUCGGAGACGACUGAUAAGGAUAUGUUGUGUCCGAUAUGUAUGCAGAUUAUUAAGGAUGCGUUCCUGACGUCAUGUGGACAUAGCUUCUGUUACAUGUGUAUCAUCACUCACCUUGAUAACAGGAGUGAUUGCCCUUGUUGUGCUUCUUCUCUCACAACGAACCAGAUUUACCCUAAUUUUCUACUGGAUAAGCUAUUAAAGAAGACUUCCGCUUCCCAAGUAUCAAAAAGUGCCUCCCCGUUAGAGCAAUUUCGUCUGGCAUUACUCCAGGGUUACCAAGUCUCAGUGAAGGAAGUGGAUACAUUAUUAUCACUGCUUUCUGAGAAGAAACGGAAGUUGGAGCAGGAAGAAGCUGAGAGAAAUAUGCAAAAUCUUAUUGAUUUUUUGCAUUUCUUAAGGAAAAAGAAAAUCGAUGAACUCAAUGAGGUGCAAACUGAUAUCCAGUAUAUCAAAGAGGAUGCUAGCUUGGUAGAGAGACGUAGGAUGGAGCUGUAUAGAGCAAGGGAUAAAUAUUUAACGAAAAUGCAAAAGCAAGCUGGUGAUUUACAGGAACCGAAAUCUUGGUUUUCUUCAUCAAUAAACAAAGACAAUAAUGACCUUAAGUAUGCAUCCGCGAAAACACAUGGUGGAGUUCCUACUGGUAACUUCCACCACAAGGAUGUAGAUGGAAAAUCUCAAGCUUCCUCAAUUGUAGCACAAGCGAGAGAAGCUUCCAGUGUAUUGACUUCACAACAUACAAGCCAAUCAAGUCUUGCUGUUAUACGUAAAAAACGUGUUCAAUCUCAGUUUAAUGACCUGCAACAAUGUUACUUACAAAAACGCCGUCAACUAGUGAAUCCAUCACAGAACAAUGAUAAAAAGGAUGCUGAUGACAUGCAACGGGAAGGCUAUAGUUCAGCGUUGUCUGAUUUUCAAUCUGUGCUGUCUACAUUUACACAAUACAGUCGACUAAGGGUGAUUGCGGAACUUAGGCAUGGGGAGCUCUAUCAUUCAGCCAACAUUGUAUCUAGCAUUGAGUUUGAUCGUGAUGAUGAACUUUUUGCUACUGCUGACGUUUCGAGGCGUAUAAAGGUUUUUAACUUCUCAACGAUUGUUAAUGAACCCCCUGAAGCACACUGUCCUGUAGUUGAGAUUCCGACACGAUCUAAGCUUAGUUGCUUGAGCUGGAACAAACAUACAAAAAACCAUAUAGCUAGUAGUGAUUAUGAAGGGACAGUAUUUGUCUGGGAUGUGAAUACUCAACAGAGUGUGAUGGAGUAUGAAGAGCAUGAAAAACGGGUAUGGAGUGUUGAUUUUUCACGUAUAGAACCGUCAAUGCUUGUAUCUGGUAGUGACGAUUGUAAGGUGAAAAUUUGGUGCACAAGGCAAGAAUCAAGUGCUAUCAACAUCGAUAUGAAGGCAAACAUAUGUUGUGUUAAGUACAAUCCUGGAUCCAGCAAUCACAUUGCGGUUGGCUCAGUGGACCAUCAUAUACAUUAUUAUGAUUUAAGGAACACCAGCCAUCCUCUUCAUGUCUUUAGUGGCCACCAAAAAACUGUUUCAUAUGUUAAGUUUCUGUCCAAUGAUGAGCUGGCAUCUGCAUCUACAGACAGCACUUUACGCUUAUGGGACGUGAAACAUCAUCUUCCUGUUCGUACCUUCAGAGGUCACACAAAUGAGAAGAACUUUGUUGGUCUCUCAGUAAACAAUGAUUUUCUUGCUUGUGGCAGUGAAACAAAUGAAGUAUACAGUUAUCAUAAGGCAAUAUCAAAGCCUCUGACAUGGCAUAGAUUUGGUACACCUAACGUGGACGAUAGUGAUGAGGAACCAGGAUCUUACUUCAUUAGUGCUGUAUGCUGGAAGAACGACAGUCCCACAUUGUUAGCUGCUAACAGUCUGGGCACCAUCAAAGUUUUAGUUCUUGCAACAUAGAUCUUGACCCUAUCAGCCCGAGGCUGUGACCUGAUCAUUAUAUAGGAUACGGGACAUUGAAAAGCAGUUAGAAAUACUUCUGGGCUGGUGCUUUUUGUUUGUACAUACUCAGUUUAUCGAUAGGAAGAGAAACAUGGUGUUUUGUCAGCUUUAGUUUGUUGGAACUCGAGAAAAAAAAACGUUUUGAUUGUAAUUUAAUAAAUAUGAAAGUAUUAUUGAAA